UCACAUAACAUUUUUAAAGGUCAUGAUUUGUUAAGUAUACAUAAAACAAUUUUCAAUUACAUGUGAUGCAGCUAAUGAAGAAUGUGCCUUGUUAAAACCCUGUUGAAAUUUUAAGGUCGCAAAUUGCUGCUUUAAAGAAAGAGUUGGAGGGAAAAUCAGAGGCGUUGGAAGAUAUGGAAAGCCGUUACAAUUGUCUGGCGGUGAAACAUGAUGCAACUAAUAAAGAGCUCCAAGAUGCUCGAACAGAAGCGAUAAGCAUUUGGCCUGAAUGAUGUCUUGGCUAGCUGAACAAAUUUUGUAGUAAAAAGAAUGGGGGAGAUCGAUCAAAAAGCUUUCGAAGUUGCUUGCUCGCUAAAGUUCAUUAUGGCAACAGAAUGUACAGGAUCCAAAAUGGCACCCAUUUAAGAUGAUCAAUAUUCGAGGCAACUUGCAGGAAAUAUUAGACGAAGAUGACGAGAAGCUGAAAGAGUUGAGAAAUGAAUAUGGGGAUGUCGUUUUUGAGGCUGUCAGCACCGCAUUGAUGGAAAUGAACGAAUAUAAUGUGAGCGGAAGGUAUCCGGUCCGUGAGGUUUGGAACCGAAAGGAGGAAAGGAAAGCCACCAUGAAAGAAAUCAUGGAAUACACAAUCAAGCAACUGAAGAAUCACAAGGGAAAACGAAAGAGAAUGCUGUUUGAUGCAUUUAAACACGUAUAAGGGGUUGUUUUUGUUGGAUUUGUAUUAUUAGUUUACAAUCUUAUGGAUGUUUAUUUUGCUACAUUUUAUUUUAUUAUUUAAUUUCAGAAUCUAAUUGCCUUAUGCUUCAUUUUAUUAUUAAUUUGAAUGUAGGAAGGUAUUGAUUUUUUGAAAAUAAAAGUGGAAUGGUUAAAU